AUCUGGAGCUGUCGAAAAAAAGCCAGAAACAGUGUACGUCGUACGUCGUCAAGUGUUUCAAGUGAAUUAAUCGCGAAGGAUAAGGAAAUUUUACCCGAAACGAAACCAUUACAAAGGAUUACAUCUGUAUCUGAGACGAAAAGACAGACAAACACUUAGAGAAAUACCCAACGACAUGAUUCUGAGAACAAAGAUAUUGUAUGGCUGCCUGCUGAUGGGGCUACUACUUGUCCUUUCUCCAGGAGCGUCUGCCGAGCCCGAGCCCGAUGAAGACUAUGGCAUGGAUGGCUUGGACGGGCACAGCGAUGACAUCUACGAGCCGGCCCAGGUGGAAACGGAAGUGGAGGCCGACCAUCACCGCAAUAGCGUGGAAGAGGACGGCACGGAUCUGCCGGCCCACACAGAGACUUCGCUCAGCAUGGAGCAGGAUAUGAGCACCGUGAGACCCCUUGUGGGAUUCAACACCAUGUCACCGUACUCCGGCUCAGGUUCGGGGGAGCGGGAUGAGAGCACUGUCUUCGAAGCGAUGGCGGAUGCCCCCACUCAGAAGCGGGUGACCAAAGUGGAGUCUCCCACGAGAUCCUCCCACGACUACUAUUACGAGGAGGGACCAGAGGACGAGCAGCACGUGGAAGUAGCCACAACCACGGCGAGGAUAGCCACCACCAUGAUCCCAGAGUAUGUGCGAAAGUCCAAGGCGGAGAGGUUCCCCCAGAAGGACCAAGAGCACGACAGCUCCGACUAUGUGGAGGAAGAGCCGGUGAAAACCAUGGACGAGGAUCAGUACCACGUGGAGCAGCAUCAGCCGUUUCCACAGGCUCAGGUGCAGCAAUUACCCAGCCGCUCGAAACCCAAUCCGUUCAAGCCCGCCACCGAAGACUACUACUACGAUGAAAUUCACAUCAAGCCGGACCCCACGACGACGACGACGACCACAACCAGCACAACCCAGGAGCCACUGCCUGUGCUGCGUGCUCGCUUUGGUGGCUUCAAUUGGCCAUCCACGCAGGCGCCGGUUCCAGCCAUAACCUCUUCUCCCAGCACCACGACCACAACCACCACAACGACUUCGACUUCGACUUCGACUUCAACGACAACGCCAACGCCGCGCAAACAACCCAAGCACAUACAGGUGACAGCCUCGAAGCCGGAACUCCUGCCGGCGGAUCAGUUGAGGAACUACAUCAAGGAUGUCUACAUUCGAAUGCCGCUGGCGGUGAUUGUGGAUCCCUCGUCCGCUUCCUUGGAGCAGGCGAAGCGUUUGUACAUCGACGCCCUGCAGGACAAGAAUAUCAACAUUAAGAUUGUUCUCGUUACACUGAAUGCGGCGGGUGCACCCUCUGCCUUUAGUUUCAACAAUACACGCGAAUUCAUAGCGGGAUUGAACAGCACCAAAGAGCACGAGGGCGGCAACUCAUUCGUGGGCGUUCUCCAUGCGGCGGAACUAGUGCCCUACGACAGUGCCGUGUUCAUAUCGACGGCUGCGAUUCCACCGCACACGGAUCUCGUUCAGGAUGCGGCGAUUACACUCCUCAAGAAGAGGAUCCGACUAUUCCUGUUGUGGUACGGCGAGCAAUCGGUUAUCGAGAACGAAACAGAGGACGCUGUCGGUGGUAUCCUCGGUGAGGUGGCCAUUCGCUCUGGUGGCGAAAUCAUUCACAUCGUCAGCACAGAGCAUGGCCAGCAUAUAGCAGGCAAUACGCUCACUCUAGUGGCGGAUGCCUUUCGGGGUGAUCAGGAACUGGAACUGCCUGUGGAUACGACGCUAUCCAGUCUGCAUGUACGCAUCGAUGCGAAUAUGCGACGUGCCACAAUGGAGACGCCCAACGGUGAAAUUAAUCUAAGGAAGUUGGUGAAAUUCGGCGGAACAAAUGCGACGGCAACAACGAAUUCCAACGAACUGGAUGCCUACGUACCGCUCAACAAGCUGCGCAAGGCCACGAUUUUCAAACUGAAACUAAAUCCAGAGCUGAACAGCGAAGAGCCCUACAAUGUAUUCAUACGCGCCGAACGCAAAGCAGAUGUAUUUUUGGGCGACAUCAUCAAGCGCAUUGAUAGCUACUAUAAGAAUGGGCAAGUCAAGCCCUCGUCGCGACUGGCCAGAAUCCAGUUUCCCGAGAAGGAACGGGAAAAGCUCGAAGAGGACACGGAUGAGCCCAAAAAUGAGAUUGAAACCUUCUCCGAAACGGAAAUACAAAGCAGUCCCAGUUUGAAUCAAACCUUGCUGGCCGCCUCCACGGGUCAGCAGAGGAGCACGCUAAAUGCCAUGCUGCAGCAACGUUGUGGCACGAAGAUUGAGUUGAGCACGCAGUCGCAGCUGCUGGUGACAGCUGGCCAGACGGCCACGCUGCUCUUUGAGGUGACCAAUAUGCGCACGGAAACGGUCUAUUCGACCAUACAGGUCACGGACGAGCGACGCUUUCUGGUAAAUCUGAAUCCCACAAGACUUAAUCUGGGACCUCAGGCGACGAGUACAGUGCGUUUGACCGUGCUGGUGCCCACGGGUACGGCGCAGGGCACCACGGACAGGAUCACAUUCACCAAUUAUGGCCGUGAAACAGCCACAAUGGCAGUCAAUUUGAAGGUUGUGUCCAGCAUAGAUGCUCAGGACACAACUGGACCCACGCUCUCGUGGGAGUUUGGCAGUCGUUGCGACUAUGUGACGCCCGAGUCUUUGACCUGCGGCGAGCGAUUCUGGACACUAGAUCUGACGGCACAGGACUGGCAAUCGGGCAUAAUGCGACUACAGACUACGCCAGCCGAGGGUUUGUUCUACAGAAAUUACUACACUGCCGGCAGCACAGAGCCCCUGAAGGCCACCUACAUGGCCUCCUGUUGCGAGCCGAAGGUAGCCAUCACUGCCUACGAUGCGUCUGGAAAUCAGCGGAGCAUCAACAUCGAUGUGAGGGAUGUGGUCCUCACCGAGGGAGCCAUAGCAGCCAUUUGUCUGGGAGCCAUACUGCUGCUGCUGCUGAUUAUAGCCAUUAUUUGGGGCAUAGUGUGGUGCUGCCGCAGGAGGAAGGUAUCGCUGGAGCUGCCCACCUAUCGCUCGCACUCGACACGCAGCAUGGAGUAGGGGCCCCGAACCGAACCGAGAAGAAGGGAGUUUAUUGUUACGUUAUUGUGCCAAACAAAAAUCAAAUAAAAAUGCCAUUAGAAAGUAA